UGUUUUGUUCAUUCGUCUGUUGAAUUCUGAACGCUACGGUUCGUUCACACGGGCUCCUCUAGCAGCCGCAUCAAGUGAAAUAUAAAAGAAAGAAAAAACUUUAAAAGCAACCAGGCUUUAUAGCUUGUGUAAAUCAAAAGUGCUAACACCGAUUUAGAUAAGUAAUAAGGCGGACACCAUCUGAAAGAGAAAUUAAAAAUUAUUAAAUAAAUAGAUAAACUCCAGUGCCCCUGCAACAAUACUUGGCGCAGGUGCCAAAGAUAGUGUGCAAGUGCAAAGUGCAUCUAAAUAAAAAAUAAAACAAAAAUAUAAUUACUUGUCACCCACACACACAUACAAUGGACAUGGAUACGUUGCUGCUGCCAUCACCGCCUGCAACGCCCCCGCUGCGAGAGAACAAAGUGGAAAAUGCGGCCAAGGACAAACAACUGGUCAGCGAGAAUCUGCUAAAGGCCAAGCUAAAGCUGGUCGCCAAUCAGCAAAGCCAAAAGAAUGGCAUCAUCACGCCCAAUCCCUCGGACACCGAGGACGAUACCAGCGAUGUGCGGCCCUGCAAAAAGGCGCGUCUAGAACAGCCAGCGGUCACAUUGACACCGCCGCCAGAUCAGCAGCAACAGCUUAAGUCGGAGCACGACCAGGAUGCCGAAGCACUUGCUCAACGUGUCAGCGUUAUCAUGCGAGUGAAUAGCCUGGGCACGGUCAGCUCAUCCAAUGAGAACAGCUCAAAAUCCAGCUCCAGCUCGAGCAGUUGCUCUGCUGCCGCGCUCGCCACUCCCAUUUCCGAUGACUAUCCGGAGGAGAACGUUUGGCGUAAUCUCAAGUACAAAAUGAAUCGCAAACGUGCCGCCGAGGUGGCACUGCCCACAGCCACAGCUACUUCCACACCCACUCCAACAGCAAAGCCAACAGCUACGGAACAGCUGCCCCAGUCGACAUAUGCAGCAACAGCUUCUCCUGUUUAUAUACAAGCAUCCGCUCCUGAUUCACAGCUGCUGAUCCUGAGCAACGUGGCAGCCGCUGCAGCCGCCGCCAAUGUACCAUCGUCUUGCCAGUCCACAUCCACAAGCUCCGCAUCCUCAUGCUCCUCUUCAGCGUCCUGCUCUUUGGCAGGCAAACGCAUCACCGCCGCCCAAGCAGCAGCCACACGCAGUCGCAUCUACGAGUGCAGCUUCCCGGACUGCGGCAAGAACUACUUCAAGAGCAGCCAUCUGAAAGCCCAUCAGCGCGUCCAUACGGGCGAGCGUCCCUUUAUCUGCAAGUGGGACAACUGCGACAAGCGCUUCUCCCGCUCCGACGAGCUCUCGCGCCACAAGCGGACACACACCGGCGAAAAGAAGUUCCAGUGCAUCGUCUGCUCCAAGAAGUUCAUGCGCAGCGAUCACCUGUCCAAGCACGUCAAGCGCCACAACAAAGACAAGGCGAACGGUGUCAAUCGCAAUGUGAACUUUAGCACAACGGCCGCCGAAGCAGUUGCCGCUGCUGCGGCAGCAAUGUGUGAACCCACGCUGCAGCUGCGCGCCAUUGCACCAGCCACCACCACCACCACCACCAGCUCCAAUUCCAACUCCAGCUCCAGCUGCACCUCGAGUGUAUUACAAACUCCCGCCACAUCCAGUCACUCGCCCAGCAGUUUGCACAUCUACAGCGCACAGGAUUUGCUGCGACUACAGCAGCAGGCGUCCACAUUUGUGGGUACCUUUGUGGCCAGCCGAUAGGCAGUCCACCAUCCACCAUCCAAAAUCUCAUCUCGACACAGUAUGACCAGCUCAAUCGUGCAAACUCUGGAGCAGAUCCACAUGCGGGCCGGCUGGCGUAGUCUUAAGUUCUAGUUAGGAGCUAAUUCUUGUCAUCGUUAUGUUAGGCUUCACAUACAAAUUAUCCCUAUAUUAGCAAAUGGAUACCCCUCACACACAUACACUCACACCUAUUCAUUCACACACUUUCCUCGUACUCAUUUUAGUUUAGGGCUCUUCUUAUUAUAUCUAGUGCAUAAACUCUAUAAUAUAGCUACAAAAUCUGUGAUAUUUAAGUUUUCUUAACACUUUUUCUAUUGUACAAUA